AAAACCGGUAACACCCCCUUCACACUAAAAAGCAAACCCAAAUAAACCACGAGAAGUAUCACUUCAUUUCUACACUAAUACUAUCCCUUCCUACUAUUUAUACCCCCUUCAUUCUAUCACUUCAUAUCAUAUUAUUUUAUAAACCAAAGUUUUUAUAUCAUAUAAACUAUAUAUAUAUAAGCGUUACAUAUAUUUAUUUGGUGCGAUCAAUUAAUCGAGCUAGCUAGCAAAUAUGGCUGAUGAGAGGAAUUAUGAGGCACCCGUAGAGACCACUGACCGUGGCAUGUUUGAUUUCAUGAAGAAGAAGGAAGGUGAAGGUCACAAGCCGUCCGAGGCCGAUACCGUGGCUGUCACCUCCGGUAUGGAGAAGGUGCACGUCUCCGAACCCGUUGAGGAGAAGAAACAUGGUGGACUUGUUGAAAAGUUCCAUCGCUCUGAUAGCUCUAGCUCUAGCUCCUCCGAUGAAGAAGGAGAUGAUGAAGAGAAGAAGAAGAGAAAGAAGGAAAAGAAAGAGAAGAAACAAAGUUUGAAGGAGAAGAUGCAGGAAAAGCUAGGAGGACACAAAGAAGAACAUGAUCACGAAACACACGUGCCAAUUGAGAAGGUCCACGUGCAAGAUCAUGUAUACUCUGAGCCAUCUUACCCUGCACCUGAACAUCACCACCAAGAGGAGGAAAAGAAGGGUGGUUUCCUUGACAAAAUCAAGGAUAAGCUACCCGGUCAACAUAAGGAUAAGGCCGAGGAGCACGAGGUCGUUGCUCCGGUCGCAGCGGCCGAGCCGAGUGUCGAGGGUGAUAAGGAUAAGAAGGGGUUCUUGGACAAGAUCAAGGACAAAAUCCCUGGCUUCCACUCCAAGAAUGGUGCUGAGGAGAAGAAGGAUCAUGAGGAGAAAAAGGAGGGUUACUAAAGUAAUUAUGAUUAUAACUAUGCUUAAUUUUUAAUAAAAUUAGGUACUUAGUUUUUGUUUUGAUGUUUAAACAAAAAAAAAAGAUAAAAAGAAAAAGAUAAAAAGUGGAUGGUUUGUUGGUAUUUUUUUAAGAAUGUUUUGUAAUGUUGUGAGUAUUGUGGGUUUUGAGGUUAAGCGUUUUUCAUUUUGAUGUAUGUGUAAGUACAAUUAUGUGCUUAUGUAUAUAUGGAAGUAUCUGUUUGUUUUGGUUUACAUGUGUUGUAAAGAAAUCCAUGAUGCAAUAUUUACCAUACAUGAAUGUUAAUGAUGUCAAUUGUCAAA